CACCAGCUGAAAUGCAGGCACCUCGAGCUGACUGCACUCACUGCUCCUGUACUGACUGGAGUACAAUAUGAUAGCGAAGCGCGGCUGUAGAUAAUAAUGCAUAUAGCUCUACUAUAAUUCAGACUACCAACUAUCCUCUUGCUUUAUUGCUCAUGUCAAAUUUAGUCGAGCAGUCUUGUUUUACGGUUGAGCGCGUUUCGAUCACACCUUGAGAGGCAAACCACUGGCUCUUUCUCUCACCCUGUAACUGAGUCAAACCAAGAAGCGCCGCAGGGGAGACAGCUCUCAGGAUACUUGAAUCCGGCUGGACAGUUGAGAGAUGCUUAAAGUCACUAUGCCCUCGCCCAGAACAGGUGCAACGCCGGACUACUGGAUUGAUGGGUCAAAGAAGGAGACGCUGGCGGACUAUUACGAAGUGGAGUCCGAAUUGGGACGGGGGGCCACAUCGGUGGUAUGCCGAUGUCGACAGAAAGGAACACAGAAGACGUAUGCUGUGAAAACGCUGAAGAAGACAGUGGACAAGAAGAUAGUGAGAACAGAGAUAGGAGUUCUGCUGCGGCUCUCCCACCCUAACAUAAUCAAGCUGAAAGAGAUCUUUGAGACUCCGUCAGAGAUCAGCCUGGUUCUGGAGCUUGUGACAGGAGGAGAGCUUUUCGACAGGGUGGUAGAGAAGGGCUAUUACAGCGAGCGAGACGCAGCAGACGCCAUCAAACAGGUCCUGGAAGCCGUGGCGUACCUUCAUGAGAACGGUGUGGUACACCGGGACCUGAAGCCUGAAAACCUUCUGUACGCCACCUCUGCCCCUGACGCUUCUCUCAAAAUAGCUGACUUUGGUCUUUCCAAAAUCAUAGAUGACCAGGUUACAAUGAAGACUGUUUGUGGCACACCGGGAUAUUGUGCUCCGGAGAUCCUCUGUGGAUGUGCGUACGGCCCGGAGGUGGACAUGUGGUCAGUGGGAGUCAUCACCUACAUCCUGUUAUGUGGCUUUGAGCCCUUCUUUGAUGAUCGAGGGGAUCAGUACAUGUUCAAGAGGAUCCUCAACUGUGAAUACGAGUUUGUCUCCCCCUGGUGGGACAACGUGUCACUGAAUGCCAAGGACCUCGUGAGGAAGUUGAUUGUUCAGGAUCCAAAGAAGCGCCUGACAACCUUGCAGGCUCUGCAGCACCCCUGGGUGACUGGGAAGGCGGUUAACUUUGCCCAUAUGGACACUGCUCAGAAGAAACUACAGGAGUUCAAUGCUCGCAGGAAGCUAAAGGCAGCAGUGAAGGCUGUGGUGGCCUCGUCCCGGUUGGGCAGUGCUGGCAGUCAUAGCAACGCUGCUGACAACAGCAAGAACAGCUGCAACACCACCUCCGACCAGAAGGCGGCUCCAGAGGAGGAGCCCCACGGUGACCAGCCACAGAUCCAGGAGGAGGGCUCCUAACUGGGGAGCCAUAUUCCCGUCUCCCACCCUCCUGACGGAAGACAGUGCUCUGUUCCAUUAGACUGUGCCCAAAGGGCCAUGAUGUGGUUUAAUUAACAUGUCACCGCACAGACUAUGGAUUCACUGUCUGGCAUUCUUGCAUGUGACUGAUUAAUGAUGUAUAACCGAACUACCCUAGGCCUCUGCACUCUGAAGAGACAUACUAAGAGAUACAUGCAGGAUCAGUUCAUAUCUAAAUGUGCAUGCCCUAUUCAUACGGUAUCUUACAGCAAGCACUAGCUAGCUCCUCCAUCCUGCCGGUCAGUAUUGAACCAGGGUCAUAUAGUUUGCAUUAAGUAUACUGGGAUACCAUGCUACAGCAAUGUAGUUGGACAAACUAGAUUACACAAUGGCAGCGGGAUGCACCAAAGUUCUCAAGCAGUGUUAUUUUAAAUGGAAAAGACCCCCCCCCCCCACUUCCAACUAUGAUUGUACGAUAACAUCCGGUACUCCAGUAAUUCUUCUGAAUAGAAUGUAACCAUUUAAGUGUUUGAACUGUGGCGCUGUUAUAGUCUACAAUACAUGGUGCAUGUGGGUAAUUACAAGGUAACAUAUGGUUAGUGCAAAAUGUCUGUCACAGUAUCCCUAUGCCAGUUGGAAACUAAUGUGUCAAAUUUGCAUUCCUGGAUGGUAGGGAAUUAUUUCAAUGCUGCCUCCCAGAAAAAAUAUUAUAAAACCGAGUCCAUUUGGAUUGAUAUGUAAUACCAAGGUGUCUGUGUAAAGGUAACACAUUUCAAGUAGUCAUACAUCAAACGUUUUACAGUUUCUAAGGAGAAUGCCUUAUUGCAUCUUAAUGACAGGAUUUUACACUCCUUUUAUGAGAAAUAUAUCCUAUAGUCAAUAAUUAGUCUAGAGAAAUUGUGGAAAAAUACCCAUAAAUUGCACAAAUGAUUGUACUCAGAUAAACUUGUAAGCUUUAGAUAAGUUAUUUUUCAGAGUAGAGGUGUUUUAGCGGUACAACCAUUUUCACUUUUGUAAAUCAAAUACCUUUUAGAAUACUGGUCCAUUUUUUAAACAGCUAAAUACACCUCAUUUGCACAUAAGUGAACACAAAUAUACUUAGUGCCAAAAUAACUUAGUUGUAUACCAGUUGAUUUUGUUCAAAUCUUAUCUUAACCAGUGAAUGAGACUAUUUGUGCAAAUAAGGUCAUUUCUCACAUUGACCCAUAGACAUGCGUUGUUAUAGACACGCGCAAGUCAUAGAACAGGGCAGAGAGCUUUUACAGUGCAAUGUUUUUAACAAAUAAGGUUGGCUAUGUAUUGAAUUUUUGCAUGCUUUUUGCCUGCAAUGUCAUAGAAUGAUGUGGACAAAUUAAAUGAUCUGAACUUCAGAUAAAACAUUAAUGGAUUUUAAACAGGAGUUGUCCUUUUUUGCAUGUGGGAAUGUACAAUUUAACUUCUCAGAUUGUUUGUAAAAAAAAGUAAAGCACAGCAUUUUAUUGAAAACAUGAAUGACUGUCUCUCUAAACCACAUUUGUGAUGGUUUGAAGCCUGAAAUCCAAUGUGAAAAUAUCAAUAUUCAUUUUAUAUAUAGACAGAAACAUUUAAUCAUUUAAUGUUGUCUUGGAAUUGUUCCUAUUAGGACUGAUUUGCUAUUACUAGAUCACAAAUAAAGAAU